GCUCCGGCCUGGCGGGUCUCCAUGCGGUGGUGGCGGCGGGGACGCCCGGGCCCCCCUGCUGCUGCUGCACGGACGGCGCGCCACGGGGACUAGCAGCAUGAGCAGCGGCUACAGCAGCUGGGAAGAGUCCGAGUCGGAGGAGUUCUUCUUCACCGCCCGCACCUCCUUCUUCAGGAGCUGCCCCGCCAAAGCCAAGCCGAGUCUGCAAGAUGUUCAGAAAGAGCGAGAAGCUCACACUUUUCUCACCAAAGAAGCAAUCAAGGAAAAAGUCCAGACGUACAAUUCAGAUGUCACUGACAAGCUAAAGAUGACAUUGCACUCCAGUGGAGUAUACACCGGCUUCAUCAAAGUUCAGAUGGAACUGUGCAGACCCAUCACGGUACGGGCUCCCGUGAAUCCCGGGAAGCAUGCCAACAACAACUCGGAGACAGCUUUUUGCUUGCCUAACGGCUACACAAAUACCCUUCACAUCAGCAGCACCAACACGGUUCGUGAAGUUAUUGAAGCUUUGCUCAAGAAGUUCAUGGUGGCUGAUAACCCUGCCAAGUUUGCGCUUUAUAAACGUUGUCACAAGGAAGAUCAAGUGUAUAUGUGCAAGCUCUCAGAAAUUGAACAUCCCCUUUAUUUGCGGUUGGUGGCAGGCCCAAGGAUGGACAUGCUGAGUUUUGUUCUGCGUGAGCAUGAAACUGGAGAGUUUUUGUGGGAAGCCUUUAGCGUUCCUGAACUACAGAACUUCUUGCGUAUACUGGACAAGGAAGAAGAUGAGCAGCUGCAAAUCUUACAAAGACGCUAUGCAGCAUACAGAGACAAACUUGAAGAAGCCCUUGGUGGAGUCUGGAAACCAGGUUAAAAUGGGGCCAAAGAACACUCAGGAAAAAUGCAAAUUACCAAAUAUUGCAUAGCAUGCCAACCCCAGAGCCAAGAGCAAGAGUACCUGUCUCAUUAAAACAUGUGACUCUUUUUUUUGUUAUCAUACAGGUGGUUCUGUAAAUUUGACAUACUUUUACAUCUUGCAGGUAGCAGCAAAGGGAAUUUGCAAUAUUUGCAGACCUGUGUUGUGUGCGUACUUCACGAGUCUUUUCAAGAUUGCAUCAUGCUAACUGUGAUUGUAUGAUGAAUCUUGUUUUCAAAGACCCCGUGAAACACGAGACGCUAUGUGCUUUAAUUAUAAUUUGUAGCUUUUAAAACUUAAAGGGGUGUGCAAGUUAGAUUUUAUUAUAAAUCUCAGCUCAGUUUAGAAUAAGGAUUAGCACACUAUUUGAUACCAAAAUUGAUUUUUGCACUACCUUUCUUCUGAUAUUUUUGAAAUACGUAUUAUUUUUAAUUGUAGAAGGGAUGAACAAUUGUGUUCCAAAUGUUAUGCAGAAGGUGUUGAAGUAGCCUGGGCUGGAGAAGGUAGAGGGGAAGUAGAAAAGAAGGUAAGGGAGGAGAGAAGUGAGAAUGUUGGAACAGGAGAAAAGUUGGUUAGUGUGUUGUAAAGACGGUUGAGUGUUUAUGCUGAUUAGUAUUACUGAAAUUAAUAUAUUCAGAUGCUAUUAUUGAGAGAUAAUUUACUAAAUACAGUAAAAGCUGAAUUGCAUAGAGGCUGUGUGCAACCAGCACACACUUUAGUCACAGUCUUGCAUGUGCUGUUAAAAUACACUCGAGAUUCUUGGUUGAGGUUUUCAUGAGUAAAAACAGCAUUUAAAGAAUUAAUCCACAACUGUUGCAAUGCUGAAAGAUGAAGUUGCAUUGAUCUCAGCACAAAACUUUGUACCUUUGCGUAGAAAGAGGCGAAAUAGUGCCAUUCUCCUAGUUUUAUUUAAAAACUCAAGGAAAAAAGAAAAUCCUUCUGAAUAGGAGGGAAAGUAGCUUUGCGCUGUGAGCAACUUGAGCUAUCUCUGGUUUGGUUUCUGUGUUUAAACUAUACAAGUUUUAAAAAACUGACUAGGAUUCUGUAUGCUGCUGAACCAUGGUAAAUAAUUGGAAGAGGAAGACUAUUGCGUUUUCACUGUAACUAUUUUUUCCAGAACUACCGUAUUUUUAUCUAAAGUAUGUAAGGUGUAAAUGAAAUCAAAGAAAUGGUUGUGCAAUUCAAACCUUUAUAUAAAUGUAUCAAAAGACUUUCAAAUUUAUAUUUGUGGCCACCCAGGG